GCUAACUCCGUCCUCCUCUCAGUCAGCUUCACAUGUUGCCUGUGCGCUGUCAGUUAGUUGCAGUGUGUUUCCGAGCUCUCCGCACACUGUGAGGGACUCUGGCUGACUGUGUGUGCAAUGUACCGGUAGUUUGAUUCACUUCAGUACACAUGGAGCCUCCGGACUUCGAAGCCAUGAACUUCACGGUGGAGCCGGCGGCGGCGGCGUACCCGCUGUGUGAGGAGUGGAGGGACGGCGCGGAGGGCUCAGUGUUCCACCUCGCCAACAUCUUCCUCUUCCUCGGCUUCAUGGGCGGCAGCGGUUUCUACGGACUCAUCUACCUGUUCACCUUCCUCACUCUGGGCUUCUUCUGCUCCACCCUUUGGGCUUGGUCGGACAGCUGCACCACGGACUCCUUCCUGUGGAGUUUCGCGCUCUUCGGGGUGUGUUUGGGGCAGGUGCUGCACGUCUCCUACAGGCUGAGGAGCGUCUCCUUCGAGAAGGACUUCCAAGAGCUUUACAACUGCGUGUUCAAAAGACUGGGAGUGUCACUCACACACUUUAGGAAGAUAGUGGCCUGCUGUGACGGGGACAUCCACUCGUUAGAGAAGGACCACUGCUUCGCCAUAGAGGGGAAAACCGCCAUAGACAAGCUGUCGGUGCUCCUGUCUGGCAGACAUAUUGUCUCCAUGUCUUUCACCCUGCCAGGAUGUGGUCUUUUCAUCGUGUGGGCGACUCUGUAUAGGUGCAACCUGGAUGUGAUGGUUUGGAACGUGGUGUUUCUGGUGGUCAACUUCAUGCACUUGUUCUUUCUCCUGUACAAGCGCAGGCCGAUUAAGAUCGACAGGGAGCUGCGCUCGGUCUACAAGCGGAUGUUUGAGCCCCUCCACGUGCGGGAGGCUCUGUUUCAGAGGCUCACGGGACAGUUCUGUACCAUCCAGACCCUGAAGAAAGGCCAGGCUUAUGCCGCAGAGGACAAGACCUCUGUGGACGAACGCCUCAGCAUUCUCCUCAAAGGAAAGAUGAAGGUUUCAUACCGAGGCCACUUCCUACACAACAUCUACACCAACUCAUUCAUUGACUCUCCAGAGUACAGGUCCACAGAAAUGCACAGAGGAGAGAAGUUUCAGGUGACCAUAUUGGCAGAGGAGAACUGUAAGUUCCUGUGUUGGUCUCGAGAGAGACUGACCUACUUCCUGGAGUCGGACACUUUCCUCAAUGAGGUGUUCAGGUACCUCAUUGGCAAAGACAUUACCAACAAACUGUACUCUCUGAAUGACCCCACGCUCAGUGACAAGGCUGUGAAGAAGAUGGACCGUCAGCCCAGCCUGUGCUCGCAACUGUCUAUGAUGCAGAUGAGGAACAGCAUGGCGAGCACCAGUGACACUGAUGACGUCCUUAACCAGAUCCUACGUGGAGGGUCCGCUGGAUCAUCGCUCCGUAAGUCACACUAUCACCCAGCGAGACGUUUUAAUGUGUAUCCAGGACACUGUAAUCAUGGGGUUCUUUCAGCAGGGGACCUGUCUAUGGAGCUUAUUGCAUUAGAUAACAUUUUUCUGAUGGUAUACCAUAAAUGUGGCCUAUUACCUCAAAGGUUCAAUAUAUUCACCCAUAAAACACCAACAAACAAGACAUAAAUUAACUGCACUAGA